ACCGACUGUAUCAAAGACAUGCUCAACGACCAUCAUCCGAUACAUACACCGUGACAACCGAGGGCCCCUUCUUACCUGCAGGCUGCAGCUGCUGUGCUCUUGGCCAUGACACGAGGCCGAUCCAAGACACUUCGCAUCGUCUCCCGCGACAGACACACCGGUCUGUCCAGGACGCUCCGCGCGCAGCUCCUGGAGCACCCACGGUUCCGUGCCAAACUCGAGCAAGCCGAGCGCGAGAUCAGGGGUGCGAUGGAGCGUUCAAGGCAGACGGCAGGCUCCUCGAUCGGUGAUGAUGAUGCUGCCGAGAGCCAGCAGACAACAAAGUCAACCGAGCCAGAGGACAAAGAAAUGGACCGUCGUUCGGAUACGGACCAAGCCGACGACGACCCGGACCCUCUCGUCCUGCGGGUGGGGUGCUUUGUGCGGAAGCGGCCACCACCGAAGCGUGGCCUUCGCCGAGGAGCUGGCGAGGCGAGAGUGGCCUCCGGAUUGGCAGAUCGACCUCAGCCAUCGGGAUCUGCCGCCCAGGGUCAAGGCGAAGAAGCGCAGAGCUCGCCGGAGGGCGGCGGCAUGAUGUUAUUGUUAGAAUCAUUACUACCUAGACGGGUAUCCGUGAUGCGUAUGUACAGUACAAGUACUUACGCUGAGACCACUGGCAACCAGUUUGGAGGCCUAUCGGUCCAGAUACCUCAGCUUCUUCACAACCAAAACGGAGACACCUCCGGAUUUAUCACGGCCACUUUCUGGGGAUGGAAUCCAUGAGUACCCCAAUCAGCCAGUCACAACUUCCAUUGUUGC